AGUAUAUUUACUAUGAUGGUUCCUCUAGCUAGAGCUGUAGUGGACGCUGACAACCCUAGCUAUAUGAAGAGCAGAGACAAUGAGCUCCAAUAUGGCGGAAAACCAACAGCUGAACAGUUGAGAAAAAGAAAGAAAGCUGUUACUUUAGAGGAAGGUCCUCGUUCACCUCAGAUGACAUUGCUGAUCUUGCUCUGGAUCGGAGCAGGUUUUGUAGGAUUAAUCAGGUUUGGAGACCCGUAUAGUCAAUCUAAAAGAUUACCAUGGACAAGACAGCUCUCGGUCAGGACUACUGGGAACACGAGCAGAGAAACUGUGAUUACAAGAGAUGUUGAUGUUGCAUUCUGUCAGGUUUAUAGUGAGAAGCUGAGUCCAGUUGAUAUCUCUCUCUGGAUUCUUUUGGUUGGGAUUCCCCUUAUUUUUGGUCCUGUGUUGACCGGGUUCCUGGAGAUAUUCUUCCAGCUCAAGCGUUGUCUGAGCAGACCCCCACAUCCACCAGUUCCACGGCGGAGAGGAUUAUGGAUUUUUCUAUUCCUUGUAUCCGCCUCAAUAUUCUGCUCAUACACUACAAACCUGAUCCUGUCUGCUGCAAUCCUUCCAACAUAUUUCAAGUUGACCUAUUUCCAACUACUCCUAAUUAAAUAUGUCGGAGGAUGGAUGGAUAUCUUUACAUUUCCUAUAUUCGUUAUUAUGACGGAUAAAAAUAUUAGGAACUCAAUUGUGAUUGUUUACACCCUAAGGCAGUCCAAAAGAAUAAGAAAAGGAUCGAACGGAACAAUCACAUAUGUUUAGAAUUAUGUAAAUAUGUUUAAAUGAAAACAGUAAUUUUGGAAUAAAAUAUUUUGAAAAUUUG